AUGGCGAAUCAAUUCAACAAUAUUGUAAGGACAGAGGAAUCGAUUUCCAGUCCAUUUUUUGUUCAUCCUGGUGAGAAUCCUUCACUUGUUCUUGUCUCAAAUUUACUUACUGAAAGUAACUAUCACUCUUGGUAUAGAUCCAUGAGAAUGUCUUUGAUUUCUAAAAAUAAGUAUAAAUUUGUUGAUGGAUCGAUUGUUCCUCCUCAUUAUGAUGAUGAGAAAUUUGCUAUUUGGGAGAGAUGCAAUACUCUAGUUAUGUCCUGGUUGUAUAGAUCUGUUUCACAGACUAUUGCAGAUAGUAUAUCUUGUAUGGAUAGUGCAUUGGAAAUAUGGAAUGAUUUGAGAGAUCGUUUUUCAUUGGGAGAUGCCUGUAGAAUAGGUGAUUUACAGGAAGAAUUUUUUACUUACAAACAGAACACAUUGAGUGUGAAUGAAUAUUUUACACAUUUGAAAACAAUCUGGGAUGAAUUGAAGAGCCUUAGAUCCAUGCCUGUGUGUACUUGUGAGCCUAAGUGUUCAUGUGGUCUUGCUGAAACUGUUGAGAGAACCUUGUCUAAUGAUCAUGUAAUAAGGUUUGUAAAAGGAUUGAAUGAUAGUUUUGGAACAAUCAAAACACAAAUCUUGAUGAUGGAGCCUCUUCCAAAGAUUAACAAAGCCUUUUCUUUAACUGUGCAAUUUGAAAGACAACUAGUAGGAUCUGGUGUUAAACCUCAAGUUGAUGCAAAUGUAUUCAUGGCAAAAGGUUUUUAUGAAGCUAAUAAUGAAGAUUCUGGUUAUGAGUCCAACAUUUGUUAUGCUAGAGGAAGAGGGAUGAACAAUUACAGGUUUGGCAAUGUUAGAGGAAGAGGUAGUUACAUGCCAAAUCCAGUUCUAAAGCAGAAACUUUGUUCAUACUGUGGACUCACUAAUCAUACUAUAGACUACUGUUACAAGAAGCAUGGUUAUCCUUCUGGAUUUCAGCCAAAAUUCAGAGGAGAAAGUAGUCAUGCAAACCAGGUACAACUUGCAGAACAACAGUAUCCAGAUAUUACAGAGGAGCAAUAUCAAGCUGAAAUGUUUAAAGAUGCACACAGAUCAAACUUGCCUGCACAGCAAGAAAUGCAUAAUGGUCAAAUAUUUCCAUUUACCCCUGAUCAAUAUCAGAAAAUCAUGAGCCUCAUUCAGCCACAAGAGAUUGAGACUGUAGCUCAUGUAAACUCUCUUUCAGCUACUUUUCAACCUGCCAUAGAGGAACAAGGUACUGUCCAUGCUUGUUACUUCUCAGCUAAAGGUUAUAGAGAUACAUGGAUUUUGGAUACUGGUGCAACAGAUCACAUAAUCUGUAAUUUAAAGUUUUUUACAACUUUUCAAGAAGUCAAAAAUGUUCAUGUCAAGCUUCCAACUGGACAAUUGAUUUCUGUAUCUCACAUUGGAUCAGUUCAGCUAAAUCCUAAUCUAUUGCUAUGCAAUGUUCUAUAUGUGCCUAUGUUCAAUUUCAACUUGAUCUCUGCAAGCAAGUUGACAGACAAUAAGAAACUCUUCUUACUUUUGUACCAUGAUUUCUGUUACAUUCAGGAUAUGGUCACAUGA